AUGAGUUCAUCAUCAUCUCAUCAUACUCGUUGUGCUGCUUGUAAGUAUUUGAGAAAGAGUUGCCCUUUAGAUUGUAUUUUCUCUCCAUAUUUUCCUUCAAACAAUCCUCAACGAUUUUCUUUCGUUCAUAAAAUUUUCGGGGCCAGCAAUGUCGGGAAAAUGCUCAAGCGAAUACCAAUGGAAUUGCGCGGUGAAGCAGUUGAUGCUAUGCAUUUCGAGGCGAAAUGUAGAAUGAAUAAUCGAGUUUAUGGAUGUGUUGGAAUUAUUUCUCAGUUACAACAACAAAUAAUGAAUGUUGAGACUCAAUUAGCUAUUACAAGAGCUGAGAUUGCCUUGUUUUCUUCAACUUCUUCUUGUUCUUCUUAUCCUAAUCCUAAUUUUAGUGAUUAUCUUGAGAUUGUACGAGAACCCCAUUUUCAAGAGGAGUAUUCUAAUCUCAAUAGCUUCACACAAUCACAACAAAAUGAAGAUCAUCAUUUCUUCAAUUUUUAG